AUCCUCCCAGGCACGAGUGACCACAGAGCUGAACAGAGACCCACUGCUGGCUCAGGAGGGCAGGGACCUUGGUGCCUAUUUGUUUGUAUUUCCUCUUUGGGGAUUCCAGCUGUUUUGCAGGUGUUUCUGAUGCUCUGCAUCUCUCUGAGCCGUGUCCCAUCACUGACUAUCCAGCCGGUAAUCAAGAGAUGGUGUGUUUUUCCUGAACAACCUGUUCAACAGGUAUCAGUGUGGACGGAGCCCUAGCUACCGACAGGAUGCUUUCGCACAGUGGUGGCAGCUGUAUGAAGACACAUGGAGGUUGCAUUAAAGUAAAACUUGGCUGCUGUGAAUAGAGCUUGUUAACAUGAAACUCAGUGGAGUUGUCUGCAUCCAGGAGCGCUAUGGAGCAAUUUUCAACAUGGAGGAGAAAUUGUUAUAUGUGUCUGGUAAUAGAAGACAGUAUUUCACUGACAGAAAACUUACACUGAGUGGGGUAGCAACACCCUGGCGCCAAACCUCUAACUCCAAAGUGAAUGGAAAUGCUGGAGCACUGAGUGAAAAAAGAAUGAGAGCAGUGGUGACAGGAGGCGGAGGCUAUUUUGGAUACAAGCUGGGAUGUGCUCUUGCCAAUGCAGGAGCUUCUGUUGUUCUGUAUGACAUACACAAGCCUAUCUGGGAAAUUCCCAAUGGAGUAGUGUGUAUCCAGGCAGAUGUAAGGGAUUACGAUGCCAUAUUUGCAGCCUUUGAAGGGGCUGACUGUGUGUUUCAUGUAGCUUCAUAUGGAAUGUCAGGAAGAGAGCAAUUGCAUAGAGAAGAGAUUGAAACUGUAAACAUUCGUGGAACAAGAUUCAUUAUUGAUGCCUGCAAACAAAGGAACAUCGCUAGAUUGAUAUACACCAGUACAGUAAAUGUGGUGUUUGGAGGGCUUCCUAUUGAAGAUGGUGAUGAGGAAACUGUGCCAUAUUUUCCAAUUGAAAAGCAUGUUGAUCAUUACUCCAGAACCAAAUCAAUUGCAGAACAAAUGGUACUAGCAGCUAAUGGAACUCCACUAGCAGGAGGUGGAAUACUUUAUACGUGUGUUCUUCGCCCACCAGGAAUCUAUGGACCACAAGAGCAAAGACACUUGCCAAGGCUAGCAAAGAAUAUUGAGAGAGGGCUACUUAGCUUCAAGUUUGGAGAUCCUUCUGCUAAAAUGAACUGGGUGCAUGCAGAGAAUCUUGUACAAGCUCAAAUCCUAGCUGCUGAAGCUCUCACCCCUGAAAAGAACUACAUAGCUAGUGGCCAGGUGUAUUUCAUUAACGAUGGCGAAAAAUUCAACCUUUUUGAAUGGUUAACUCCACUUUUUGAAAGAUUAGGUUGCAGUAAACCACGGAUACGUAUUCCUACUUCCUUAGUUUAUGCUUCAGCCAUGAUAAUGGAAUAUCUUCAUCUGAUGCUGAAGCCAUUUGUUGAACUGUCCCCACUGCUGACCAGAAAUGAGGUACAGAACAUUUCUAUAACUCAUACAUUUCGAAUAGACAAGGCACGGAGUCAGCUGGGGUACAGCCCAGAGAAGUUUGCAUUUGCUGAUUCCGUGGACCAUUACAUUAAAACAAGACCAGAAGCCCAGAAUCAUCACAUCUUCCUGAAAGUGUUGCUUUCUUUAAUUGUUAGUUUAAGUUUGAUCUUUCUUUCUUUGAGUUUUGAUGGCCUCUCAGUUUUGCAUUUUUUUAAAGAAGCACAACAUUGACUUAUAUAAACUGCACGUAUUCAGUCACAGUACUGCUACCUGGAUCAUUCUAAUCUCCACAAUAGUUACUGGCCCCAAUGCAAUAAACAGGCAGUUAUUUUUAGAUUUAAAAAACAAUAUCGUAACAUAUCAGCAGCUGUACUUGAGAAAUACAGUAAACAAGUACAGCCAAAUCACUGAAACACAUUGGAGUCGAGAUUGUUGCAUCUGUUUAUUUCACACCGAAAAAACAACUUUCCAAACUGAUUGCUGAAGUAAAAGAGAACCUGCAGAAGAACAAGAGCUACAAUCAGCCUGCAGUGCUUCACUGGUGAAGAAAAAAGGCUAAAAUAAGAAGGAUUGACCACAGCUGCUGCCAUGGCUCACUACCUUGGGGAACUGAGGAACAAGCAAAGGGAGGGACAGAACCAAUUACUGUAAAUAACAUAUACCAGCCCUACAGAGAGAGUUCACACCAUGUGAACUUCUUUUGUGAAUUAGCUGUAUCACUGCAUAUGGGGGAAAAUAAAAGCAUCCUUGAAACUUCGCUGCAGUCAGUCCUGUGUCUCUGUGCACACUGUUCCAGAACCGCUCCCUGCUCUACCCCUGGGGUGCAGAGCCAUCUGUAUCAGCAAGCACCUAGCACCAGUUUGGAGGCCUACGGGGUACAUGCAGGUAUGGUUUUUCAUGAGUCAAACCUGUGUAUUUUAGUUAAAUUGGAAGAUACUAAGUUACAUUAAAGUGCAUUUAUGUCACAGUAGAGGAAUCUGCCACUAUGGGUUGCACUGAUCUUUGUACUGCUUCGUUUACCUCCUGUAGUC